AUAGAAUCGUCACCAAGGAUCAAUCUCUAGCAAUGUUAGCAUCAGUUCUCAGACAACGAGCCGUAAUAAGGUCAUUUCACGCCACACCAGUUGCUCGCUCGUGGAUAGGUGAUAUAUUUGGGAAAAAGAAGCCAGCUGAACUCGAACCUAAAUAUCAAAAGAAAGACAAGAAGGAAAUAGUUGCACAACAAGAUGAAUUGCUUGACGAAAAGACUGGGAAGAUAACCAUCUUAAAUGAAAAAAAUUCACCAAAUUAUGUCAAAUUCGACAUGGAAAAAGAUUUACCUGAUUUCAAGAUUAACCAGUGGAAGAAGAAUGAAGUUCUUUCUCAAGAUCUCGAAAACACUUAUUCUGACAAGGAAGAGUUGAGAAACUUGGUUGCUGGUGUUUAUCGUGAAGCUUCCGGUGAUAAAGAAGUCAACAAGUUCGACAAAGCUGAAUUACACGAUUUGAAAUUCAGAUUCAAGUUGGUUAAGGAAUUACAAUCUGUUUUAGGAUUUGAAUUAAACGAUUAUCAAGUUUCGAAAUGUCAUACUUUGCAAGCAUUAUACGAAGAAAUCGAAGGGGUUGUAAAUAAGAGAUGGAAGAAUGAAAGAAACCCAAGUGCUAUCGUAUUAAGACCUGAAGAUUUCAAAUCUUCCAACAUUUACUUGAACCAAGAAAGAAGUGACAAGCAAAAGCAAAGAAAACUUGCUGAACUCGUUAGAAAAGCUAGAGAAGAAUCAACUGCUGAAGUUCAAGCAACUCAAGCUUAGGUAAAUAGAACACUUGUAUAUAUUAAUCUAAUAAUUAGCAAAAUAAAAUAGUAGCAAUCUUGUAGGUGCAUUAUACCUACUUUCGAGAAACUGAUGCUGCUGGUGGAGGUGAAGGUAAUUCAUGAAGCAAUACAGGAGGAAUAACUUCCUUAAGGUUAGGUUUUUUACCUUGGAUUGCUUCUUCUUCUAAUUGUAUAGUCUUAUAAUAACUCCACUUGAACAAAACCGAGACAAUACAUAAAAACCCAAAAUCUGGCCAUAACACGUCAGGAAACUCAAUGGUACAACCUUCAUUACAUUGCCAGAGCAUGAAAUCACUUAAUCUAGUAUGUCCACUUGUUCUAACCAAUAUAUCCAAAGGAUACACAUCCUUGCCAAAAUAGAAGUUUUCUUCAAUGGUAGCAGCUGUAAUAUCAUCUUGGGAUUCAAUUUCACCAAGAACCCGUUUCUGAACGAUAGACUUAAUUGAAUGGGUGAUUUCAUCACGAGCAGUAUAAGGGAAGCAAACAUGUAAGGUUUUGCGUGAUGAUUUUUCUUUAGUUAUCUGUUCAAUGUACUCUAAAUCUUUUAAAAUAUCAUCAGGGAUAAACGAGCGGUUUCCAAUGACUUUGAUACGAACUUUGUUGUAUCUAGCAUAAGAUUCUUCAUUUUCAGAAAUCAACUUAAGUUUAUCACGAAGCAUUCCAAACAAGGUAUCAACUUCUUCUUUUGACCUAUUAAAAUUUUCAAGGGAAAACGCAUAGAUGGUAACUUGAUCUAUUCCAACCUUGUAACAAACUUCAAGAACCUGAAGGUAGGUUAGUAAAUAAAAGCCUCUUAGUGGCAAGCGGUAUUACAAACUUUAACCAAAGCAUUAGCACCUGCAAAAUGACCAUCUUUCAAAGGAAGACGAUGAUUCUUGGCAUAAGUACGGUUUCCAUCCAUUAUCAAUGCUAUAUGUUUUGGGAUCGGGCCAGUUCUCAUGAUCCCAAUUACGAAAUCUUCCAAGAAACCAACAAUAUAGGCAAACAAUGGGAAUUGGACAAUUAAACGAACUAAAGAGUUUACUGAAUAAGGGAAGAAGUUAGCCGAAGCCAUUGCAAUUGAUUCAAGAGCCUUUGCCUU